CCUCCGCGGCUGGGUCUCACGCCGGUCCCGUCCGGGCGGAGCCCGCUGCCGUUCUCCGGUCCGAGGCGGGUGUCCCUUGGGUCACCUUGCCGCGGCCAGAGCCCCGGGGGGACGCGGGGCGCUCAGCGCAUCCCUCUUCCUCGGGCUCGAUCCAAUGGCUGUCCCACCAUCCUACAGUGACUUGGGAAAGUCUGCCAGGGAUGUGUUCAACAAGGGAUAUGGAUUUGGACUGGUCAAGUUAGAGCUGAAGACCAAGUCUUCAAGUGGGGUGGAAUUCACUACAACUGGUUCUUCCAACACAGACACAGGCAAGGCUUCAGGCAGUCUAGAGACCAAAUACAAGCUCAAAGAGUAUGGACUCACAUUCACCCAGAAAUGGAACACAGACAACAUGCUGGGGACAGAAGUUUCCAUAGAGGAUCAGCUGGCUGAAGGAUUGAAGGUGGCUCUUGACACUACAUUUGUACCAAACACAGGGAAGAAGAGUGGAAAGUUGAAGACCUCCUACAAAAGAGACUAUGUCAAUCUAGGCUGCAACAUAGACAUUGAUGUCUCUGGACCAACCAUCUAUGGCUGGGCAGUGCUGGGCUAUGAAGGGUGGCUGGCAGGGUACCAGAUGGCUUUUGACACAGCCAAGUCCAAGCUUUCACAAAAUAACUUUGCCUUUGGGUACAAGGCAGGAGACUUUCAGCUGCACACCAACGUGAAUGAUGGCACUGAGUUUGGUGGCUCUAUUUACCAGAAGGUUAAUGACAAGGUUGAGACCUCAGUCAACCUUGCAUGGACUGCUGGCAGCAACAACACACGGUUUGGGAUUGCUACCAAGUACCAAAUGGAUGAGAAGACCUCCAUUGUGGCCAAAGUGAACAAUGCCAGCCUGAUUGGGAUCGGUUACACUCACGCCCUCCGACCUGGUGUAAAGUUGACCCUCUCAGGCUUGAUUGAUGGCAAGAAUUUCAGUGCUGGAGGGCACAAAGUUGGGCUGGGAUUUGAGCUGGAAGCUUAAUGCAGCACGGGGUGAGACAGCAGGUGAGCUCUGGAAGGUGAAGAAGUGAACCCAGUGUGUUUCGGCCUUAAUAUUACUCUGAAAUUCCAAGAAGUGUGAACUUUUCUUUUCUUCCAAAGAAUCCUUUUACCCCAAACAUUGAUGUCCAGAGAGUGCCAGCAUAUCAGAGGAAGCUACUUGAAGACAUGCAUGGAAGUUGUGAUGUUUGUGCCACAUUUCACUUCAGUUGCCCAUAUUUUCAGUCUGUUCCUAAAAAGAGAAGAAACCUUCCACCUCUCCCCCCCAUCCCUUACUGUAUUGCAUCCUGCAUGUCCUUCACAACCUUUUGGCAAAGGUGGUCCCUGUGCUGUAGUGGAAAUUUUGGUUUACAACAGAAUGAAAUAAAAUUGUCACAGUUGGAACAUGA